UGUAAGCCAUGAGGUCGCCAUUUUAUAGUUCGAUGCCUGGCUCUUGGGUAAGUUCAGUUAGGGGUGGCAUGUGCUUUGGCUCCCUCCAGUGGGGACUGGGAUAGCCCCCACCGGUCCAAAGGGGGGGGAGGGAGUUAGGGCCUGCAAGGAACAUCAUAGAGCCAUUGUAUGGCACCAGGCAUGUGAGUAGGGCAGUGGCCGUCUGCCCCACUCCUCUCCCAAGUAGGCCGCAGGCUCCAAAGCUUAGCAUCACCUUUACUCCAGUGUUUGGUGUCCACAGUAGCACCAACAGCCUCCUGCAUGUCUCUGGUUGCUUCACAGCUCGGGCCAUAACAUCCCGAAAUUUCAGCCAAAUAGGCCAAAGUCUGCAGGAGCCUCUCUAGCAUGCGACCGGUCAGCAUGGCGGCCAGACCCCAUCGCCAUCACUUUUUAUCCACUGGUUUCCAGGAAGUUUGGAUGCAAAUAUGUUGAAUCGCCGUGGGCUGUGACAGGAUUUAUUCAGAAAACUGUCACUGUUAGCGCAUUCUUUCACUGGACGGACGAUUACAGGGAGAAUUGAUUUCUUCGUCCUGUUUCUUUUUACUUUUGAACUGUCUGUUCUCAGUUCCUUGUUUAGUGACCACACUAGGCAUUGCCCUCCAUCCAUAGUGGUUAUGGUGCAGUGAGUGUUGGGUGAUGUCUCCUAGUAUUCUUUUAAACUAUUUUCAAUCAGUUUAACAAACACUAGGCUCGUCCACCUGUCUGCAGCUGCUUGCGGUAUGCACGUUGUCUGUCCAAAGCUGGCCGACCAAGACUCCCUGCACAACAGUGACCUGAAGUGGUUGUGGCGCUCAGUUUCUUUCCUUUUUGAGUUCAUAAGGUAGGGGGUUAGAGUAGUAAAAUUGGGAGGGUAUAUUUCACCAACAAUUUAACACGUGAAACGCUGUAAAGACAAAUUUAAAUCUUUAUUAAAAUUAGAUAAUCCAAGACCCUUAUUGGUUGGGGAAGCUUUAUUCUGUUCGUCAAACGUCGCAAAUUAAAACAUGUCCCUAAUUCUCUCUUUUGAAGGAAAUGAAGGGGUUAAACCAGACCUAAUAACUGCCCUAGAAAAAUGGAGAGAUCAGCGGACCAACAAACAUGCAGGUAUGGGGCAGAACUGUGCUAGGGCAGUAUUUAACCCCGAGCCAAUACAUUCAGUAUUCAUUUUACUCAACACAUGCUGUGAAUUUUGCUGCAUCUCAGUAGCUCUUUAACCCGUCGAACUCUGCCUUUCGCUGUAUUUUAAUAGCACUUUAACCCUCAGACACUGUUUUACUGCACUGCGAUUUCUGGGUACCACAUUUCACAGCGUUUCAGUAACUCUUUAACCCUCUUGGCGCUGUGUAUAUUAUUGCAUUUAAUAUCCAUUAAACCCUCCAGCCACUAACCUUUCAAUGAUUCAGUAGCCAUUUUCCCUCCAGGGACAGUCCGUGCUGUUUGUCAGUAACUCUGUAACUCUCCGGGCUGUGACUAGCUCUUUAACCAGCUGUCACUUAAUCUCAGCACUGCAUGUCACUAGCCCUUUAUCCUUCUAGCACUGCGUGCCACUGCAUCUUAGUAGGCCUUUCAUUUUGUUUAUUUCUAAAAUAUUUUACCAAGAAGGAUAUUGAGAUUUCUCUCGUUUUUUCUAGUUUGCCCUUAACUGUUUAAAAAUUAACAAAGGCUGCCGUUUCUUUGGGUUACUUAAUUGCAUUUGAAUACUAUAGCAAGGCCUCCAUAUCUGAUCCAAAUGUCCCAGUACACAGGUUAAGCAUUUAAAGGGUAAUUAUGAUAUAAACUGAGAUAUUUGACUUAUUUGUUAAAUUUCCAGAAUGUAAAUGUCCUUUGCACUGUGUAAGAGGGAGUUUUGAGCCUGUUUUGUGACUAUUUUUUUUCUUGCAGUUUCCCAAAAAGGGAGAGGGUUCUCUGUAAUUUCUCCUCAGCUAAAGGUAGGUGUAAUGCUAAACUACUGGAACGCAACUGCAGAAAAACUUUGAAUUACAUCAAUUUAUAAUUUUAUUCUUUUUUUUUGUUAUUGAAUUGCAGGAGUGGUUACUGUAGCUUUAAACCCUUAUAGCAGGUUGUUAGUUGCAGGAAAAAAAUAAGCCACUGAAGUUUUGCACAAGCCAAGCAGUCCCAAUUAAGGAUAGUGCAGAGAAUGCAUACAGAAUUAGGUUGAAUUAAAUGUAGUAGAAUUAGCUUCAGGAGAGUUUAACAAUGAGGCAGUUUCUUAUUUGCAACUGAGAGCAAUUGGAUUGAAGGAGAAAGUACUUGGCUUAAGAGGCAGUUUCUUAUUUGCAACUGAGAGCAAUUGGAUUGAAGGAAAAAGUACUUAGCUUAGAGGCAGUUCCAGGUAACUGGAGAGUUCAAAUUAAUCAGUUUCUUAGGGGAAGGAGCAGAAGUCCGUUUAACAAUCCGAGGUCGAGGAGGAGCUUCAAUUGAAAUUGAGUAGCCGGUAAGAGGUUCACAGGCACUUGUUCAAUAAUCCAGCAACUUGAAUCUGGCGCGGUCUUCCUAUGUAGCGUGGGGAGACCGCGUCAGAGAAGGGGCGGGGCAGAGCUCCGUCAACCCGGAAGUCACUUAAUUCGGCGAAACUGGCAGAUAUAACCUGACAGUAGGUUUAGAACUCGGUCCUAUCCCUUCUCUAUUGAUAACCUCGCCCACAGAGAAAUAAAACCAAUUUAUUGAGAACACCGUCCGAUCAUGUAUCUAUUGAUAACCUUGUGCACAGAGAAAUAAAACCAAUUUAUUGAGAACUCCGUCCGAUCAUGUAUCUAUUGAUAACCUCGUGCACAGAGAAAUAAAACCAAUUUAUUGAGAACUCCAUCCGAUCACGGAUCUAUUGAUAACCUCGCCUUAGAAGAAAAAAAAAAUACAUUUUAUUGAGAAGAGUAUACGACCUGCUUUACAUUGUUGGAGCUGGUACCGUCUGUGUGUCUGUACAUUAAGGCUGACUGUUUUCCUUUAAAACUGACAAAGUGCUCUAUUACAAAAUGGGGCAGAGAAAAUAAGUAAGAACAAUGGCAUUAAUUCAAACACUGUUAACAUGCAUCGCCAAUUGAAGUGGUCAUCGUGCUUGCAGUAACCCUUUAAGUUAGGGGUGCCCAAAAGGUAGAUCCCCCAGCUGUUGUAGAACUACAACUCCCAUGAUGCUCUGAAUGCCUUCAGAAUGACAAAGCAUCAGGGAAGCUGUAGUUUUGAAACAUCUGGGGAUCUACCUUUUGGGCGCCCCUGCUUUGUCAUUUGCUUAUAUUCAGGGAGUGUUCUCUCUUCUUGUAUUUCAGAAGGCCGUGCCCGGUGUGAUGAAGAAACGUGGAGAGAGGUGGAAUUUAUCCGCUCUCCAAUAUGAAAUCAGAGCUUAUAAAGAGAGAAGAUUGAUCCUUAAAAUCCUGCAGGGGCUGAAAAAGGAACAGCGAACACUCAGGACAGAAAUGGAGCGCUCUCGACAGGAAAUAAUGGAAAAAUUGGGGGAGAUAAGCCAGGGUUUACGUCCAGACAGGACAUCUAACGAUCACAUCACAACUCCCUCUGACUAUGUUCAGGAUCUUCCUCCCUCACCGGAUGAACCAAAUAAUUAUUGUUUCCCAAAUUAUGAAUUCCCUACAAUGACGGCAGAUACCCCUGUCACAAACAGGCGAUUGUGUUCUAGCCCUCUGACUGCAGAAAACAUGCUUGUAUUCCCAGAAGAGCCAGAUAUUCUUAAAGUCCCCACCUUAAACGGAAUAACUCUACCCAAGCAUGCGCAGAUCAAAACUCUUGAAUCUCCAGACCUUCCAGUAGUGGGGUCUACUCUUCAGACCACCACCGCUGCUGUAUCCACAGACCAGUCCAUCAGUAUGCCUACUUUAACAUCAACUUUUCCCUCUGGAAGCAGAACCACAGAUUACAUGAUUUCAAUUUCAGAUGAAGAAUCGAGUUCUUCAAACCUGGGUGUGACUGAGGUCUCACAUGAUACCAACAGGGACCGCUUGCCAGGAACUACAAAACCAACAAAACAGAGAAAGAGAAAGAGAAAGGUGCCGCUUGUUAAAACAUCAAAGACUUCAUGUUCUUCAAAGAAAUCUAGCAUAUUUAAGGAAGCCAGCAAAGUAAAACAAGCCCUUAAUUCUAGCCAAGGGAAGGAAAUGAUCAAGAAAAGGGGUUACUCGUCAAAUCAGGAUACCAAAUAUGUUCCAAAACCCACCAGAAACUCGUCCCCUUCACCAAAAAUACCCAGACUUGCUGCCAGUCACGAACCCAAAAAGUUGGGACCCUGUCUUCCUGAUAUCAAGAUGUGUUCAGUUAGUGACAAGAUGAUUAAAUGUCUCUACAAGUCAUCAAAGGGCAGUUUGCUAAGGUUUGCUGGGCUGGUUUUUAGAACACUCGUCCCACUGGAAACCUAUCGCCAGUGGUGUCACGUGGCCAACUAUAAUGGCACACACCAAAAAAAAGCUAUUCCACAGAACGUUAAAAAAAAGCUCCUCUCCUACAUGGAACAGUACUUUUCAAUUACAAAAGCUUCGGAACAGCAGCAGAUCCGGGACGGAGUAAACAACCAGCUGCGUAAUCCCCGGAAAACAGACGCUCACCCUGGGGUUUCUUAAGCCGUGUUCCUUGCUGAGCUGCAUAUGCAAUGAUUGCUGUAUGGUUAACCUAGAGUCCUGAGUGUAUAAAUACCUGUCACAGUGUCAUCUCUUUUGGCUUUGGUUAUGUUACAUUGCUUACAUAGCUGAAUAGAGACUUUUAUCCAUCAAGUUCAGCCAAAAGAAGGCAAAAAACCCAGUCUGAAGCGCUUCCAAUUUUGCAACAAACUAGGAAAAAAAAUCCUUCUUGACCCCAAAAUAGCAGUCAGAUAUCUCCUUGGAUCAAACGGCUAUUACUCCACUAAUUAGAAAUGAUACCCCUGUAUGUUAUGUUUUUGGAAGUAUUUAUCCAAUUGCUGUUUAAACAUCUGUAUGGACUCUGAUAAAACCCCCUCUUUAGCAGAGAACUCCAUAUCCUUAUGGCUCUUACUGUAAAAAAAAAAAAAAAAAAACUUCUUUGCCUUAGAUUAAAUCUCAUUUCUUCCAGUUUCAACGUGUGAACUUGUGUCCUAUGUAUAGCCCUGUUUAGGAAUUGAUUUCCAGAUAAUAGUUUGUACUGGCCCCGAAUAUAUUUGUAUAAUGUUAUCAUAUCCCCUCUGAUGCGGUUUUUCCAAACUAAACAGAUUUAAAUUUAACCUUUCUUCGUAACUAAAAUGCUCCAUUCCUUUUAUCAAUUUUAU